GAAACUAAAGCGAAGAAGAAGCUGACUGCAGCCCGUUUAAGUUAAAAUGGCGAACUUCGAACGCAGCAGGAGAGACCGCCGCGACGACGGAGGGCCGCUGGAGGAGGGAGGCAGAGUGAAAACUAAGCCUGUCUCUUGUAGCACGGUGGGCGGAGGAGCGAGCAAACUCAAACGCACAUCCCAGCAUCUUUCAUCUGAAGAUGAGGACGAAACCCCGUCAGAUCCACCAGCGCUUCGCAAAGUAUCCAAAAUAGGUUUCGGCACGAGCAGCAACACUGGGAUAAAGUCAAAUCCUAUAUCGAUCAAGCUUGGAGCAAGUAAACCUAAAGAGCCCGUACCAACAGCCCCUCCUAAAAAGCUUGGCUUGGCAUCCGUCUUCAACGAGGAUGAUGAUAGCGAGCCUGAGGAGAUGCCCCCAGAGGCGAAAAUGAGAAUGAAGAACAUCGGAAGGGAGACUCCGACAUCAGCAGGACCAAACUCCUUCAACAAAGGCAAGCAGGGCUUCUCUGAUAAUCAAAAACUUUGGGAGAGGAAGCUGAAGGCGCACACAGACAAAUAAUGAAGCAAAUCCUUUUCUCGCCACUCAUGGCAUCUCAAGUCUCAGUAAAAUCACACCCGAGAUCUCUACAAAGGCUUAAAUUAUUGCAGCCCCUGCUUUGACCAUGCCCCACCAUGCUUUUAAGUCUUUUAGUGUUCUCGCCUUAUGACCUUACAGCUGAGCAAUGGAAAAACACAACAGUGUGUGCUGAGCAUGACAUCGAAUUGCUAAUAUGAAAGCCUCAUGGCUCCCUUUCCUUCCUGCUACUUCAUCCAUCGCUGGCCAGCUGUUCUUCACCUUUGAGCCGCUGUGCAUAUACAUGUAAAUAUAAGUGUGAUUGUGUUUUGUUUUGGCAUUUGUUUUAUCUAUAGCAGGGUUGCAAAGAGGUGUGGUGACUUUCCAUUGGAACUUGACUUUGGAAGCUUGGGAAAUACAGUAUUCCAAAUAAUGGGUAUUAAUAAAGCAAUGGCUCUUGACUGCAAAUACUAGUAUGUUUGGACACUGCUAACGCAAGGUGCCUCUGUGCCUGGUUGUUUUAGUCAGGACACUGCUAAAAUAUAUUUCGCCCAACUAUAACUUCCUUAUUAUGAGCCAACUUUUAAGUUUAUAAACUGGUUUGUUCCCUUUAAUUCCUGUGGAAAGGUGCCAGCUUGAUGCUAUUCUAGAAUUUUGCAACCCUAAUACUUAGAUCAAUUUGUCAUAUCCAAGAGGGACUUUGACAGAUUCUUUUAGUUAGGUUUUUUUUGUUUACUUUUUUUGCGCGCGUGCUAUCUUAUCCCUCACCCUAUUCCUCCUCUGUUGUAUUUUGGUGUUUUAUCACUUUAUGAAAUUACACCACAAUAAUGUUUGUUUAGUAAUAGCCCCAAAAAUGGAAUCAUCUGUCUUAAGUGUGAAAUCAUGCAAAUACGUAACUGCUCCCUAAAAAAAUAACCUGCUAAUGGUAAUAGACAAGGAGCACCCGUGAAAAAACAAAGCAAGGAAGCCUGAGGAAGAAUAACAUAAGUCACUGACCCGAUGUGAUUUUAGCUUUCUGUUACCUGCAACUUUGAAAUCAACAUUAUAACAUUUAGAAUUCACAAUUGGUUACCUAAACUCUCACAUGAAAUAGCGUUUUAACAAACCGUCCAAUAAACAUUUUGCAAAA